UAGUAUGCGGAUUUGGACCGAGCCAGGAGAGAUUUGCCAGAGUCCCGAUUGCGUCACUGAGUUCAGAUGGGCAGUCCAGCAGCGGCCAUCUUAUUUCCACCAAAACUUCAGCACUAGAGGAAAACACUGGCUACUCAUUUCUCAGCACACGAAAUGCUCGUAUUGUGAACAGUGAUGGACCAUUAAACUUCAUAUCCAGGCAGGCACUUCCGCUCCAGCUCUAAAGAACAGGAAAUCCCAGUGUUCUCUGUGUUUAUCAGAGACCGCAGGGGUUGGCCGUGAGCUUGUCGUUUUGUGUGGAUCUCCAGGGAGUCCCUCGACUCCUCCCGGAGGAGACAUGAAUGCCCAGGGAGAAGCUGGCGCAGGGGGGCUGUUGGCACCCAGCCCUCAGAGCGAGGCGGUGACCCAUGAGAUGGAGGAACUGUCCCUGCAGCCCAGCCAGAACCUACCACCUCUUAACGAGCGCAAGAACGUCCUUCAGUUGCGGCUGCAGCAGCGACGCACUCGGGAGCAGCUCGUUGACCAGGGCAUCAUGCCACCUCUCAAGAGCCCAGCGGCGUUCCAUGAACAGAUCCGCAGCCUGGAGAGAGCCAGGACCGAGAAUUUCCUAAAGCACAAGAUUCGGAGUCGUCCAGAAAGGGCCGAGCUGGUCCGCAUGCACAUCUUGCAAGAGACGGUAGCGGAGCCAUCACUGCAGGCUACGCAGCUGAAGCUGAAGAGAGCUCGGCUAGCUGAUGAUCUCAAUGAGAAGAUUGCACAGCGGCCUGGCCCCAUGGAGUUGGUGGAGAAAAACAUCCUGCCUGUCGCAUCCAGUGUCAAAGAGGCCAUCAUUGAUGGCCAGAUGCAAUACCCCAAAACGCAGGAGUUUGAUGAGGACAGCGGCGAUGCGUUCUCUCCGGAGCAGCCAGGCAGUCAGGAGUCACAUGGAUCUGUACCUUCACCUGGGGAGUCCAAGGCUAUGGAGGCCUCCUCACCACUACCGAAUAAUUUAAUACAGCACUGCCCUCCUCUCACACAGGUUCCAGGAGAUUUUCUCAAACCUUAUUCCACCAGUGAGCAGGCAGUCAGCCCUCCAGCUCCACAGCCUCAACUGAUCAUUACACCUUCCUCCAAAUCUGUACUUCCUCUGAUCAAGCAAAGUCAGCCUAAGACUGCUGGUGACAAGAGUCGUAGUAAGAAAAACAAAGAGGCCAAACCACGAGUGAAAAAGCUGAAGUAUCAUCAGUACAUUCCCCCAGAUCAGAAACAAGAGCCCAGUGAAGCGCCUAUGGAUUCGGCUUAUGCCCGCUUACUGCAGCAGCAGCAGCUCUUCUUGCAGCUGCAGAUCCUCAGUCAGCAACAACAGCAGCACUACAACUACCAGACCAUUCUGCCAGCUCCCCUCAAGCCUGUGAUUGAGGGUCAGAACAACAGUGCUACUGUUGCCAUUAACAGCGCCCAAAGUCUUCCUGCCUCCAUUGUGGUGUCUCUGCCUCCAGCUGCACCAGUGCGCCCAAAUAACACCCUGUCAAACCGCAAAGCUGGCACACUACCAGCCAACCUGGAGGAGAUGAAGGUGGCUGAAUUAAAAAUGGAAUUAAAGCUACGUGGGCUGCCUGUGUCUGGAACUAAAACGGACCUGAUUGAACGGUUAAAGCCUUACCAGGAGAGCUCUGCGUCCAUUCUCAACACCAAUCCUAACGCACAGACCUGCAGCACAUCCAUGGAGGUGUCAAGCACCACCACAUGCCUGUCACCUGCACAGCAGCCCCCUGAGAGCUCUACACCGCCUGUAUCCCCGAUAUCCUCAGAAGUGCACAAUAGAGAGGACGUUGCUAUGGAGGGUCAGCCGGAGACCCACUGCCAAAGCAGCAGUGGUAGUGGCCAACCAGGAGCCGUUCCUGAGGAGCAGGACAGGAGGCUGCACGAGAAAGAGCGCCAGAUUGAGGAGCUGCUGAGGAAGUUGGAACAGGAGCAGAGGCUGGUGGAGGAGCUGAAGAUGCAGCUAGAGGUGGAGAAGAGGAGUGCACAGAACUCGGUCUCCACAGAAGGUAACAAUAGCAUCAGUCAAGCUGCUUCACUGGUCACGGUAAAGACUGAAAGCCCAGUUGUGCCGAAUUGCACGCUGGCCUCACAGAAUACUCCAGCUGUAAUGAAGCUGGAGAAAAGCCACGCUGCCUCAGUGACGGCCACGCCUCUACCACAGUUCUUCAUCAGUCACCAGGGCGUGUCGCAGGUCAUCGGGCAGCCUCAGACCCUGCUCACCUCGCAGCACACGGGUACCCAGAUCCUGCUGCCAGUCUCUCUACCAAACAACACCACUACGAUCCAGCUCACUAAUACGAAUGUCAAACUACAGCCAGUCCUCCAAGCAGCUGUCUCUCCUCAAGGCCAAGGGCUGAUCCAGACCACUCAGCUGCAUCCUGUCAAGGCAGACGGCUCCUCAACACAGCCUGUCAAUCACAACAAUAUAGUACAGACCCUGCCCAUGUGCAGCUCUGGUGGGUCUGCUUUUCAGUUUGGUGCCACUGAGAAACAGGCAGGUCUGGAGAUGCCUCGCUGUUUCCUGAGCAGCUCUCCAGAGAAUACACUAUCUGUUCAGACUUCCCCUGUUGCAUCCUCCCUCACUAACGGCCCCCUAAAUAAGUCCCCUUCUCAGGUCUCGCCUGCCUUCGUCCUGCCAUCUCCAGCAUUCAGUCAUACCCCCAAGAGCCGAGAGCCACCUCCCUACGAGGACGCCGUUAAACAGACACGCAGCCUGCAAGCAGCUGCCAUCACACAGGUUCCUACAGCGACCAGUCAGCAGAUGGAUGAUCUGUUUGAUAUUCUCAUUGAAAGUGGAGAGAUCACCCCUUUCAGUCAGCAGGAGCCUUCUGUGCCUAAGCUGAUGCCAGUCACUGCCAGCAUCACCACUUUACCCGUCAACACCGUCCUGUCUCGGCCCCCUGCUCAGGUGCAAAUGGCGCCGCCACCGGCCCUGCUGACGGAGCCGAUGCCCAGCCUGGCAUCUCUGGCUUCAGACAACCAGCUGGAGGCCCUGCUGGAGGGCACGCUGGGGGGUGAGGCUGAGCCAGAGCACAGGACUCUGGGGCUUCUAGAAGAGCUGCACAGCCAGCUGCUUGAGCAGCCCCACUCUCCUAUGGACACCUCUGAGCUGAGCUUCAGUGAGCCACCUGCGCCUUUGUCCUCCUCCUUCAGCCUGCAAGACACAGGUAUGGACAGUAUGGAGUGGCUGGACCUGACCAUGCCAAGGCCCAUUGGACCCCUCGACCCACUGGGAAUUGGCUCUGAUUUCCUUGACGCACAUGACCUGCAGUUGCACUGGGACUGAGAGCACUGUACACACGCGUGCGCGCACACACACAUAUCUUGUGAGCAUACACACACACGCACACCUGUGAUUAGGAUUUUGCAAAAGCGAGAGAGGAGGGAUUAGUUUAUUCAUAGCCGUGCGUGACUACGCAGGGUUAUGUGCAGGCUCAAAUCACAGAUUCGCUCAGUAGAAGAUGUGAAAGGUUCCCUCUGCUCUCGUGCUGUACUGAACUGCGGUUUGUGUCAUUCAUCAUUCAGACUAAUGUCCUAAUAUGGCUCUACUGCAACAAAGGGCUUUCCAUGAACUACUCCUGAUGCAGGCUAUGCUUUCUCUUUUCUGUGCCAUUUAAAGAGGGAGCACAUUUUAAACAGCAUGAUUCUAUAUACUGUUCCCUCAGUUGUUCUCUGCAAAAUCUAGAAAUACCUUUGUGACUGUUUUUGGCAAUUUGAAUCAUGACUCAGUCCUAUUCCAGACAUUUUGACUCCACGUUAUGUAGUAGACAUUAGUCAGAUUAUUUCACUGACACCAUUGUUCUUUUCGUGCUCAAGGGAAAAAAAAAAAAAAAGGUUUACUUCACCCAUAAACUCAAGUUCACCCUGUAUACUUUAAAUGAGUAACUCAGUAGGUAGAUUUCUGCAUCUAUCAUGGUCAGUCUGACAACAGUUCCUCAGAAUGUCAGGCCAUUCUCGUGUGCAAGUAUUUCUUUGUGUAUGCGCACAGGAGGGUGUGUGUGAAAGUGAGUGUGUCAGGCACUUGACAUCAAUAAGGACACAUGAGGAAUGUCACGUGCUGUAACAACUGCAGCGCUUGUAUGUACCAUAGAGUGAAGAUGCAACUAUAAUGUAUAAUGUCAAGCGGGAUGGUUUACAUAUUUGUUUGGGGUAUUGAACAACCCUCAAUAAGACACCGUGCUCUUUUAUUGAGCACACGGGUGUCAGACACUAGUCCUGCGGGGUCAGAGCCCUUGAGAGAAAGACAUUUUCUCUCUCUAGGCCAAAUUCCACUCAUGAAGGCCGUGCUAAUUAGCUAACCAGUUGAAUCAGUUGUUAAUGCUGGACAUUUUGGUGCUGUUGCACUCUAGGACAGGGGUGUGUCAGCGCUGCUAUAGGAAAUGAGCUAAAAUGACAGCUGACACUAAGAACAGUGGGCGUUCGCGCAGCCUAACGGGGCACUAUAACUUUAUAUAGAAAUCUUGUCGUUGUUAUUUACACAGGGUUUGGAUAAUGUAGACUCUUUGUGCAACUGAUUUUCCUUUGUUUUGAGUUUUCAGAUGCACCUGGGCCUGGAUGAGCUUUUGGGCAAUGUAAAGCUUCACACUGUUAACUGUUAGGGGCUCUGCAUGCUCUUGCGACAAGGCUUUCGCAGAUAGCUUUUUGCAGACAGUUGUAAUUUAUCGUUGAGCGGGGAGUAAUAGGCGUGCGCGAUGUUAUUCACCGCCACAACGCAAGGGGGCGCGAAAUCGCUAGGAGUAGUUGGUGGGUGUGGUUAGUGGAGUGUUUAUCCUCCGGUUACUUAUAAUUAUGCUUAUAAUGACUAGAACUGGAGUCGUAUAGAUGUACGUACUUCCUCACUUCCUCGAUCAACCGCUCUUCGUGCUGCUCCAUCUUCGCUCGUGUUUUUAAAAAUGGCGGUCGUGAAAACAAACCAAACCGGGAAAGUAAGGAAGCGGAAGUGCGUGUACAGCGGGUGUAGAGUGGACCAAUCAGAGCCCUCUUGUCUGCGACGCUGUCUGCGGUGGUCACAAUUUUUGGGAGGUGCGCGCAGAGCGUCUGCGAAGGGGGGGGAGGCUUUGCAGACGCCAUCUGCAACGCCAUCUGCGAGGACUGGGUUGUCAGCAUAAAUCGGCCUUUAGAGGCAGAGGUCCAGGUGACUACAUCCCCCCCUUUUUUUUUUUUAAUCUAUUAGUGUUUAAGAUAUUCAUGCUUCAUUUAUUUUUUUAUCAUUAAGACACUGCAUGUUAAAUAUUUUUGGAAGCUUAGUGGCAGUUUAGUAAGAGAGAAAAGGAUUCGUUCUGGUUUGUUGAUUUCCUCUGCAGCAGUGGUUUCACACACCCAUUCCUUCACAACCUCACCAAUGACCAUGUUUAGAUCCUGUAAGGCCGUCCAUUCUGUCUGCGCUUUUUGAUGACAUCUCUUUGUCCUUUUGGCUGUGCCACGUUAUUGCGCGUGUGUGUGUGUGUGUGUACGCGCGCGUGUGCUUUGAUGUGUCUGUGUUUCACUGUUUAAUGUAUUACUGUGCCACCAUUCUGCUCUGUGCACAGUAAAAAAAAAAAGAGCAAAAAACAAACAUGGCAGCCUAAGUGAAAUUAUAUGUGAUUUUAAAGAAAAGAAGAAAUACCUCGGCAGCAUGAAACUACAAGUGAUUCUGUGAUCUAUGUGAUUUUAAUCAGCAAAAAACACUUUCUGUACAAUUAUUUGAUUUUAGUUCAGUUGCAAAUCACACUUGCUUCUCAAGCAGUUAGCUGGGUUUAUCUCGGAGACCAAACUCUGUUUAUUGAGUUGUGUUUAUCUCAAGUAGCCUCACUUGUACAGGAAUGUUUGCUAGUUCGAUGUUUUCAGCAGCGCUGAGAGAAAUGUUGCCUUUUUUUUUUUUUACACAUCUUGUCUGGAUCAAUGACUCAGCGUUAACCUCAGUUCGAGGCAAUAACUGACCGCUGGCUCAACAAUGUGUCUGAAGAUAGUGACUACAUUUGAUCCAUAUUCGCUUUAAAUAUAUCAGUUUGUGGAACUUUUUUUUUUUACAUCCAGGCUGUAUGGCACUUUUACCUGCAGUGAUGAAUGUUUCAUCUGGAUAAAACAAUCAUUUUGCAUCAGAGCACCUUCACAGAUACAGAUGUUUUUUAGAAGUAUGAUGUUUGUCGGCCAUUUUUGUUUUCGCUGUUAGCUUUGACGCAUUUGGUCAAAGUGGUACAUGCAUCAUGGCUUUGUACUGUUCACCCCACACAUUGUCCAAGUUGUGGCCUCUUCAGUAAACAAAUGAUGCCAAACCUGAGGCUCAUCUUAUAGGCUGUAGAUCUUAGAAUGGAUUUCGUAAAGUGGAUUAAGUUUCAGUGAUCCAUUGCCAUGUUACUGUUGAUGGCCUGAUUUUCAGUUCACUGAUGCCUGAUGUGAUGUUUAGGGUGGAUACUGAAGCGUCAAUUUAUGAAAUAAUUACCAAAGAGGCCAUAUAAAUAAUGCAUAAUGCCAUUUAAUGGAAGUGGUUUAUGAAUUGCUUUUGAGAGUGUAUUUAGUGAGUUGAGACAAACUGUCAAGUAGGUUAACGCUAAUGAAGGUUACUUUGAAUGAAGAUGCAUCACUUUAAAAAAAACAAAACAAAACUUGAAGAGGCUUGUGUUCCAGUCAAUUCAACUUUGACAUACGGAGAGUAAAGCAAUAACUUCAUUUUUAAUUUGAUAUUACAGUACUGUAACGUAUGCAGUAUGUGGUAAUUCUCAGCGCCUUGCCUUGGUCUUAUUAAGUUACUGUUUGCAUUAAUGCUUAGUCUGUUUGAGGAUACUAAAGUUCAGCAUGGAUAAUAAAAUUUUGCCUCUGUGACUCUGUGCAGAGCACAUGAACUAGGCAGCUGGCUGAUCAACACCUUUUUUUUUUUUUUUAGCAGACAAGUUUCCCCAUUGUGUGUGGGUUUUUUUUUUCUUCUUUUUAAUCCCAGUGGUCUUGUGGAGCCAACCCAUUAUUCACUGCUUUGUGUUUUUUGUGCAGUUAUUAGUCAUUUUAUUUGACCAUUUGGCUGGUCCUUUUUUUUUUUUUUACUGCUGGACUUUAUUUUCAAAUGUAAAACUUUUUAUCGACAUUGUUAAUGUGUAAAGUGUCAGUGGUGACUACACUGGGUGAGAAACCAGAUGACGACCACUUCUCUACAUCCUCCGAACAGAGGAGCACUCAUCGUUUGUAUGCCAUAUGUUUUGCACAUUGUGUACAUAUUUGAAUGGAUGUAAUACAUAUUUUUAUACAUGUUUAGUGCAUCCAUGAGCUCUAUUUUGUGAAUAGUUUUAAAAGAUAUGAGUAUACAUACGCUGUUAUGUGUCAAUUCACUUUGCUGUAUUGUGAACAUACUGUUGUAGGGAAUGUUUCAGAAUCUCUUAAAUA